AUGAGUACUCCUUCGACAGCUGAGUUCUACUCCUCGAUAACCACCUUUCUGCAGUGUCUCAACUUGACCACGAAAUUUGAGGGUCAAGUCCCGAACGAGUUCCAGAUAAUAACCCAUGCAGAAGAGAAUGAUGGAGUUUUUAUUCGGUACACGUACAAUCCGUCCGAGAAAAAUGUGACGUAAGUGGGAUGCGGGUGCAAAAUUUCAAUUUUAUGUGCUAGAAUUCAUCUAGUAAGUAGGUGACCCUAAUUUUGUGCAGUUUUUUAGUUCGAGAGGGUGGUAUUUUGCUGCGUUUUUGAUACUUCCCGGAUGCAAAAUGGUGCGUUUUUUGCCACCGGAUUAGGUCCGCCACUGUAUCUUUGCUUCGCUGGUAGAUUCGGAGCUGAAGUUCUGAGGGAUUAAAAUGUGACGCAUUUGGGGUGCGCGCGAUAAACUUGAGAAAGAUUUAUCAACAUCAAAUGUUACUUUCAGUGAAGAGAAAUUGGACUUGGUUGACAAACAGACAGGCCUGGAAAAUUAUCGCUUUCACUUGGCGCUGGAAGAAGACAAGUUUCUCAUCGGAGUUUCUGGAUACAAGGCUAAUGAGUGGGGCUUUAUUUUUACAAUAUUUUUUUUGUAGGGAAUGCCUGGUUUUUGAUAAGAAAACUAAAAAUGUAGAUUUUUUAGUACUAUGUAGAUUUUUACAACAAGAAAAGAGAACAGGGGGGCCAAUGCAGAGAGCCGGCCUCUGCACGCCUCUGAGGUGACUAGACAUGGCUACCGGGCUGGGCCGGCCCGGAAUAGUUAAAAUCCAGAAUCUCGAAGCGAAAAUUGGGCUUGCUAAUGUUGUGGGUAGGUAUUUACCGUAGACCCUUAUACAAUCUGAAGGCGUUUGCAUUCAAUACUUUAUUGAGGAGACCCUUCGUAUACGCGUCCGUAUGCGGAGCCUACAAUAAAGCCAACUGGGGGAAAUCGGGGUGCGCAUCUCUCUUUAACCCGCCGCGCGGGGCUAUGAUUGAUUACGCGCCACGACACUAAUGAAAAUAAAUGGAAUGUCAAAACACAAUUUUUUGAAGGUAUUUUUAUUUUUAGAGACUACGGAACACAGUAUUUAUCCAUUUACAUGACGAUAGAAAAAAAUUUAGAAAUAACGAGCUAGACUUGGGGAGACUUUUGUUUCAAAGGGCCGGCCCGGACCGGGCCGAAGCAAAUUUGAAACGGGCCGUGCCGGCCGACGAGCCAACUCAUCUGUGACUUUGCAGGAUUUGCCCCGUAUUCAACAAAGCUUUCGAGGAUGAUUACUGCCUGACAGGUUCAUUUUUCGAAAUUUUGGGGCGUGAUUUGGUGAUGAUUUCGUGUGACGCCGAUUUAGCGACCCCGUUCAAAUUGAACGGAACGGCGCUUGACCCGUACACACCCGAAACCCCGGGCCAGUUCAACUGCGAGAGCAAGCUUGCAGUGUUUGGAGAUAAGAUUGUCUUCAAAAAUAAGGGAGAGGACGUCUGCAAAGAAAUAAAUUGGGCUGUGGAUCACGUUUGGAAAGCGUCGGAAUGCGCAAAGGACGAUAAAUACAAGUUAAAUUCAAAGAACGUCCUACUUUUUCCAUUAGUAAGUCAAAAAAACGGGUCCCGACUUUUCGGGUCAGGGAGAGAUCGGGUCAACGACAUUCCGGUUUAACGAUACCGUUUAAUGUUUCCGCUUCGGGACUAGGAAAACAGAAUUUUUUGAAGAACAUUCAGAUCGAUCCUCCACGAUUGGGCCCGGUUUUGUCCCCACCCCGGUUUUGUCCCCACUUUUUUCGAGCCUUUUUGUCCCCAGACCGGUUUUGUCCCCAGGACGGUUUUGUCCCCAAGACGUUUUUGUCCCCACUUUUUUUAUUUUUUUUUUGUCCCCACACCGGUUUUGUCCCCAGGACGUUUUUGUCCCCAAGCUGGAUAGUGCGAUUAAAAAUUAUGCGUUCAAAUGUUAAUGCUGUUGGUUUGGUGCCCUGUACUGCUCAAACAACAUGUUCUUAGCGCUUGGUACUGUAUAGUACGAGGUGGUACUGUACAGCACGAGGUAAAAAUUAAGCCAUAACAUGUCAAUGCUAUGGGUUUGAAGCCCAGUACUUCUCAAAAAUGUGUUUUAGCACAUGGUACUAUAUAGCACGAAUUUGUUUUUGCACAAAAUGAACGUUUGAUCAGUACUGCAUACCAAAACAACGUCAUUCACGCGUUAUAGCUUAAUUUUUACCUCGUGCUAUAUAGCACCACCUCGUACUAUACAAUACCGAGCGCUAAGAACACGUUGUUCGAGCAGUACUGGGCAUCAAACCAACAGAAAAAAAACAAAAUAGUCUUGAACAUUACCAAGAAAAAAUUUCUUGCGAGAAAAAAUAUUUUUCUCCUGGGACGAAAUGCCAAGAUCAAGCGGAUUUGCAGGGAAAUUCGUCGGGAUUUGAAGAUUUUUUUCGAUAUUCCGGCCCUUCUUUCUCGGCGGAUUCUGCAAAGCGCGAGCUAGGAUGUUCGCAAUCGAAUAAGAAAAUUCUGAUCUCCAUCUAUGCCAAUUUUUAUAAAAAUCUGAGCGUCGCACUUCGGGUACUUCCCUUGUCAGCUAGGUCCACUAUGAUCUAAAAAGACAAUAAGAGCAUAAUUAGUGGCAUCCGCACCAGUUUAGAAGCUGUUCUAACAAGGGAAUGGUUUGAACUGUCCGUGAGCUUUCAACAUGAGACCUCCAAAUUCUGAAAGAGCGUACAAAAUUUAGUAGGAAUCCGUUUUCCAUUUUUGCCGAAUGGUCUUGGGAGACGAGAAAUAUCGACAGAAAGAUCCGACAAAAAAAUCGAGAGAGAGAAAAGACGAACCGAAAGGCCGGGAGAAGCGUUACCAAAUAGUCUAGUGGAAAAAGUUCCACGCACGAAACUUUUGGCAGAGGGAGGCCUUGGAGGUUCGACUCCACCCGGAGCGGAUACCAUCGGCUUGGAUCUACGGGUCGUUAGUGUAUUCGACAACUACGUAAAAAUUCUUUUUUCAUUUAUUCGGGUGUUUUACAAAUUUUUUUCGAUAUUUCAAGAAGAGUUGCCAACUUGGCUGCAUUUUCGAUUAUGCCAGACGUCGACAUACUGGUGUUUUCAAGACAUUUAUACUCGGUUCUGAAAGGGUGCAUAGGUCCUGCGGAAUUUUUCGAGUUUCCAGGGAAAAAUCUUGCCAAAUUUUCACCUUUCCUUAAAGCUUUGCAAGAAAAGUUCAAAAGAAAAUUUUUGGGGCCGUGCGUCAGCGUGUAAUAAGGCAUAUUUGCGAAAAAAAUCGAUUUUGAGUUUUUUAGUUUAAAAUGACCGUGGGCAUGUGUUUAACAAACGCCCAAAAUAUUUUUCCCAAAUUCUGCCUGGAAGGUAUAAAUUUUCACAAAUUUGUCUUUUUUGGAAUUUUGCGUAAUCCAUAAGGUAAAAAGCUUAAAAUCGCAUCUACUUUUUUAUUAUUUGUCCGAUUUGCUUCAAACUUCGCAUACUACCUUAGAAUACAAUAUUCUGAAGAUCGUUGCAAUCACUUUCCGUGUUUCAAUAGUUUUAGACAAGUUAUUCGGCCGCAAAGUUUGCAAAAAUUCGAUUUUCUCCGGCAGUUUUUCGCUAACCUGGUGGCCGAAGAACGCCAAAAUCCAUUAAUUAAAAAAAUAUGGGUCCUUGGUAAUGUUUCAAUUGCAGGUUCAUGUUAUUUUGUUCAUUACCCACUGCACAGUAAGCUAAAACAUUAGAGACCCUUAAAAAACCGAAUGCCAAAAAUCUUGGCAUUCUGUUUGUGGUUGAUGUGCGCCGUAGCGCCAAAAAAUUGUUUUUGUUUUAUUUGUAAUCUAAUUCUUGUUUUCAGAACUACAUUCUUAUUAAAUUUUCGGUGGGAGGAUGUAAUCCACCUGGUCCUGAGGUAUCCGAUUAUUUGAACAACACCUACGUCAAGUACCUGUACAAUCCGAACGAAAGAUCGUGGGUCCUCACUUUCUGUGAAUUAUAUUUUUUUAGAAGUUCCGAGGAUGUGACGAUUGCGCAAAAUGAAUCCCCGAAUUGGGCGCUGAUAGGAGGAGGCAUUGGCGGGGCGCUGGUGUUCCUCUUACUGCUGAUAGGGCUGGCCAUUUUUCUAAUUCGGCGAUACAAAUAG